CACGGCCCGGGAGGGGCGCCGCAUCUGUAUGCGCCCGGCGGCCAGGCAGCGCCGCCCCCGCCCCCGCCGCGCGGGCCCGGGCUGGCCGGGGAGGGUCGGAGGCUGGGCUCUCUCCCGCGCGCCGCGGAGCCGCCUUGCUCCUCCGCAGGCGGAGCCUCCUUCCCCCGCCCCCUCCGUCUCGCUCCCUUGUUCUCGCAGGGGCCGCUCAGACCUGCAGCGGAGCCGCGGCGCCCGCUCGGAUCGGCUCGGGGCUGCGCCCCUGGGACCCCGCGAAGGGGGCUGGCGGGGACGCUCCCCGCCGGCCUGGGCCCCUCGGCACUGUCAGGUGUGGAUCCAUGGGGUAGCCCCAACGCGUCUGCCCUUCUGGCCCGGCCGGCUCAUGCCUCAGUACCUGGGGACAGUGACCAGAGCCCUGGCUGGAGCCCAAACAUGUGGGGCCUGGUGAGGCUCCUGCUGGCCUGGCUAGGUGGCUGGGGCUGCAUGGGGCGCCUGGCAGCACCAGCCCGGGCCUGGGCAGGGUCCCGGGGGGCCUCAGGACCAGUGCUGCUGCGGAACCGAAGGAGCUGGGUGUGGAACCAGUUCUUUGUCAUUGAGGAAUAUGCAGGUCCAGAGCCUGUCCUUAUUGGUAAGCUGCACUCGGAUGUGGACAGGGGCGAGGGCCGCACCAAGUACCUGCUGACCGGGGAGGGGGCAGGCACUGUAUUUGUGAUUGAUGAGGCCACAGGCAAUAUCCAUGUCACCAAGAGCCUGGACCGGGAGGAGAAGGCACAGUACGUGCUCCUGGCCCAAGCUGUGGACCGAGCCUCCAACCGGCCUCUGGAGCCCCCGUCAGAGUUUAUCAUCAAGGUGCAAGACAUUAAUGACAACCCACCUAUCUUUCCCCUUGGGCCCUACCACGCCACGGUGCCUGAGAUGUCCAAUGUCGGGACAUCAGUGAUCCAGGUGACUGCUCACGAUGCCGAUGACCCCAGCUACGGGAACAGCGCCAAGCUUGUGUACACCGUGCUGGAUGGACUGCCUUUCUUCUCUGUGGACCCCCAGACUGGAGUGGUACGGACAGCCAUCCCCAACAUGGACCGGGAGACGCAGGAGGAGUUCUUGGUGGUGAUUCAGGCCAAGGACAUGGGCGGCCACAUGGGGGGGCUGUCGGGCAGCACGACGGUGACGGUCACCCUCAGCGAUGUCAACGACAACCCCCCCAAGUUCCCUCAGAGCCUAUACCAGUUCUCUGUGGUGGAGACGGCUGGGCCAGGCACCCUGGUGGGCCGGUUGCGGGCCCAGGACCCAGAUCUGGGGGACAACGCCCUCAUGGCCUACAGCAUCCUGGAUGGAGAGGGGUCUGAAGCCUUCAGCAUCAGCACGGACUCCCAGGGUCGAGACGGGCUCCUCACUAUCCGCAAGCCCCUGGACUUCGAGACCCGGCGCUCUUAUUCCUUCCGCGUGGAGGCCACCAACACCCUCAUUGAUCCAGCCUACCUGAGGCGAGGGCCCUUCAAGGACGUGGCCUCCGUGCGCGUGGCUGUGCAGGACGCCCCAGAGCCACCUGCCUUCUCCCAGGCUGCCUAUCACCUGGCCGUGCCUGAGAACAAAGCUCCUGGGACGCUGGUGGGCCAGGUCUCAGCAGCGGACCUGGAUUCCCCAGCCAGCCCAAUCAGAUACUCCAUCCUCCCCCACUCGGAUCCAGAGCGCUGCUUCUCCAUCGAGCCUGAAGACGGCACCAUCCGCACGGUGGUGCCUCUGGACCGUGAGGCUCGAGUCUGGCACAACCUCACGGUCUUGGCUACGGAGCUCGACAGCUCCGCACAGGCCUCCCGCGUGCAAGUGGCCAUCCAGAUCCUGGAUGAGAACGACAACGCCCCCCAGCUGGCUGAGCCCUAUGACACCUUUGUGUGUGAUUCGGCAGUCCCUGGCCAGUUGAUUCAGGUCAUCCGGGCCCUGGACAGAGAUGAGGUGGGCAACAGUAGCCGUGUCUCCCUUCAAGGUCCUCUGGGCCCCGAUGCCAACUUCACUGUCCGUGACAACCGAGAUGGCUCCGCCAGCCUGCUGCUGCCCUCUCGCCCUGCUCCGCCCCGCCAGGCACCCUAUGUGGUUCCCAUAGAACUGUGGGACUGGGGGCAGCCAGCCUUGAGCAGCACCGCCACAGUGACUGUCAGCGUGUGCCGCUGCCGGCCCGAUGGCUCGGUGGCUUCCUGCCGGCCCGAGGCUCAGCUCUCACCGGCUGGUCUCAGCACUGGGGCCCUGCUUGCCAUCGUCACCUGUGUGGGCACCCUGCUUGCCCUGGUGGUGCUCUUCGUGGCCCUGCGGCGGCAGAAGCAGGAAGCACUGAUGGUGCUGGAGGAGGAGGACGUCCGUGAGAACAUCAUCACUUACGACGACGAGGGUGGCGGCGAAGAGGACACGGAGGCCUUCGACAUCAGCGCCCUGCAGAACCCUGACGGGGCGGCCCCGCCGAACCCCGGGCCACCAGCGCGCCGCGACGUCCUGCCCCGGGCCCGGGCACCCCGCCAGCCCCGGCCCCCCGGGCCCGCCGACGUGGCGCAGCUCCUGGCGCUGCGGCUCCGUGAGGCGGACGACGACCCCAGUGUGCCGCCCUACGACUCCGUGCAGGUGUAUGGCUACGAGGGCCGUGGCUCCUCCUGCGGCUCUCUCAGCUCCCUGGGCUCCGGCAGCGAGGCGGGGGGCGCCCUUGGCCCCGCCGAGCCGCUGGACGACUGGGGGCCGCUCUUCCGCACCCUGGCUGAGCUGUACGGGGCCAAGGAGCCCCCGGCCCCCUGAGAGAAGGCCCCAGCCCUGCCCGCUGCGGUGGGGCACCCCUCACAGGCCCUCUGAGUGAGCCCCCACCCCUUGGGCUCCAGGCAGGCGGCAGCAGCCUGGGGGCGAGCCCCCCAGGCCUCCUCUCCUCCCAGUGUCCCUCUUCCCAGCUUCCCCAGGGCAACCUCCUUCUUACUUCCCUUCUCCCAAGUCGUUAGUUUGUCUCCCUCCAGGGAUCUCUGUCUCUUUCUGUAACACUCUCCUGUCUGGGUCUGGAUUGUGUGGUUCGAUUCUGAAUCUCUCUGUUCCUUCACUGUGAUUCCACUCUCUCCGUGACUCUGUUUUUGUCUGCCCAAUUCUAAAUCUCUCCCACACCCUCUCUCUGUCUCCCUUGCCCACACACAUGCUCUGUGUCUGUCUCCUGCCCACAUCUGCCUGCAUUCUCUCCGGUCCCUGUGACUGGCUUUUCAGUUAUUUCUGUUGUCCAUCCCAAAAAGCAAGAGAAACUUCCAGCCACUGCUGCCCACCCUCCUGCAGGGGGAUGUUUGGUCCCAGACCUGCCCGCAUGGUUCCAUCCAUCACUCAUGGCCUCAUCCUGGCUCCACUGGCCUCCAGCAGAGAGAGGGUGCCAGCCCACCUCCCAGGGCAAGAGCUCCAGCCCCCCACAUGGCCGCCUCCCUGGAGCUCUGCGCAGCUAUUGGCCUGCCCUGGGCAUCCCAGCUCUGGGCAUUGUCUUGUGUGCUUCCCAGGCCCCAGGGGGAGGGAAGGGGAAGGAAAGGAAAGAGGGAGGCAGCUGGGGAAGGGGAAAAAGGGAGGAAGGGGAGGGGCCUCCAUCUCUAAUUUCAUAAUAAACAAACACUUUAUUUUCUAAAGCUGGA